CUGCGUUUGAACUGACACCGAAUUUUAUUCGAGGUCAUCAAGUGAUGAUAUCACAAGUCAACCAUACUGGAGAUAUUCUCCGGAAAGGGCCUAAUAUCGAUGACUUUGCACUCGACCUUUAAAAAAGAGCAGGUAUAUGAUGCAAGCUUUUCGGCACCACAGAAAUAAGUCUCUUCAAAUGAAGAAUGAAGAUUAAGUUAUAUUGGACCAGUUGUUACCAAACCUUUACAGUAAACCAUGCCAAAGAAUCGGAAAAUAUUUUUGCCGUUAUGAAGGUGGAAAACAGUUUCAGGUUAGGCUUAGUCAUCCGCAUCUUUUUCUCUGGUGGAUAAUCAUGUUGUAGCGGUGGAUAGGGGUUUGUGCGUUAUAAAUAACCAUCAUAAGUGUCUACGCUUUCUGGUGAGUGUGUGACAUCACUAUAUAUUGCCCGGCAUCAAAUCGUGUUGAAGUCUUACCAGCGCGAAUACGCGACAACUUCAAUCUCCGCGCGAUAAUGGACGAAGAAACAAGCUCAGUUGUUCUCCUUCCCGAAGUGAAAGUAGAACCUAUGGAAAACGCCGAAAACAACGGUGACAGUGAAGAAAGCUCGGUUGGAAGUCCAACAGACGAAAACUCGCUCCCGCGUUUUGGUGAAAGUUCAGAGGAAGACAUUCAGAGAUUGUUGGAGCAUCGCUCUUGCAGUGAAAAUACAUGGAGGUCUACAAAAAAUGCUGUGAAAAUUCUCCGCGACUACAUGGAGGAAAAAAGUAUGGAUGUGAACUUCGAGAACUUGGAUAAGGCAGCGUUGAAUGAUCUUUUGCGUAAAUUUUACGUUGAAGCCCGCAAAAAGAACGGCGAUUACUACAAGUCCUCUGCUCUGGGAAGUAUACGGUUUGGUAUCCUGCGGUACUUACAGUCACAACAGAGCAAUAUAGACAUCAAAAACGACCCCGAAUUUACCGAAUCAAACAAAAUUUUUAAAGCGCAGGUGGAGAAGCUUAAAAAGCAAGGCAAAGGCGAGGUAAAUCGUUCCGACAUUGGCCCAGAUGACUUAAAGAAACUUUAUCUAAGUGAUGUCUUGUCGCCAUUCAGCGCCGAUGGCUUGCAAAGGAAAGUGUUCUUUGACCUGCUGAUGUAUUUGCCUGGAAAACGGAAUCGCAGUAACGUCAGGGAACAAACCCGAGACACGUUUCUCGUGGGCUAUGAUUCUUCUACUGGCUUGAAGUAUAUUUAUCCUAAUCCGGCGCAUUGUGAAAACGUUUUUACCGAUGGAAAAUGUCCUCGAAUGAAUGAAAAACCAGGUAAGCUUUUUGUCAGAAAACAAGCGAGAGUAUUCAAAACCUCCUAAAAGCUUUUCGUCAGUCGAAGCAAAUCUUGUAGUGGGACCUUGAAAACGAUAUCAGUAAAAAAAAUUUUGAAGAGAAAGUGUACGGCCAACAAUUUCCUAAUAGCAUACAAGGUUGUUGUUUAAAAGCGAAGUUUCACCAGCAAAUAUCUCUAAUGCGAAUAGUGUUUAAAUGCAGUUCGGCGUUGUAACAGUUUUUUCUUGCCGUUAGAACAAGUUAUCUCAAACACAUCUAUAUUGAAAUUUUCCACGUUAAUUGACGUUUGCCUCUCCAAGUGAAGUUUGUGUAAGCUUUUAUAUUUUACUGGGUUGCGUCUGAGAAAGUGGCACAAAGUUAACCUCCAAAAUGGUAUACCUGACAAGUCAAAGUUUUGUGACUCCAAACGCUUUUCAACGUUUGGUGAAAGGCAAAAAGGGAAGGAAUUGUAGCUAUUUAUGUCAGGUGGCAUAAGGAAAGUUUUGUUCUGACAAAAAGAAUGGUCUGAUAUUUUCAAAGGAUUUUGAGUCUAGUUCAAAACACUUCAAACUCAAAUUCACUACACACGUAGUAACAAUAUAAAAUACAAAACAAGCUUGAAGAAACCAAAUUUGCAAAAGGGUUUAGGUGAAUUAGAGAGAAAGCCUUGUUGUUUUGUAAAUGGUGACUGAAGUACUGUGGAUUUUUCCCUCCACCCUCCCCCCCCUCUAAAAAAGAUCCCUUGAAAGCUGUUCAAUAGUGGUACACUGUGAUGUGAGGGAGCAUGAUUUGUGUCUGGUAAUUGGAGUUAUUUAAUCUGUCAUCCAUAAUCACGAGUUGGUGAUCAAGGUUUUGGGCCUUCACAGAGUAGAGUGCUUUUUCAUCUGAUUUUCAUGCAACCGAUAAUUUUACACAAUGAAGCAUAAGCUUAUGAGACCUAAAAUAUAUGUAUUGUCUCUGAUAUUAUGCAAAACUCUUGGAGGUGCUUGUUAGGAGAAUACUUCUUGUAUGUUGAUAUAUUGAGUUUAAAAUGAAGGAAACAGAAAUAUUGCUUUUACUACACCCUUCUUCAGGAAAUCCGAGAUGUCCGGUGGCGUCAUUUCUGAAGUACCUGUCGAAGCUGAACCCGAUGAACUUGUACCUGUGGCAAAGGCCCAAAGCAUCCUUCAAACAUCAUGCUUGCGAAGAUGACCCCAUCUGGUAUGAAAAUGCUGCAGUUGGGCAUAAUUCCUUGGGAGAGAUGAUGACAAAUAUGUCCAAGCUUGCACGGUUAUCCAGGAUUUACACAAAUAAUUGUAUCAGAGGUACUUAUGUGGCAAUUCUUGACAGCUUGGUUGAAGACUACCCUCUCAUCACUACUUUAGUAUCCAUACCCAACUCCCAGAGAUUUCAACAUAUUCUCCCAAGAGAUCCUUGUGAUGAACGCCCAACCAUGGUGCCUGUUACUGGAAAGUAUAUCUCAAGUUCAGAGGGGACAACAUCCCCAAGAACCACUGUAGGAACCCCACCAUUUAAUGCAGAGCCCAACAGAGAACAGGCUCAACUCACAAAGAUUAUGGUUCCAGGCAAUCACUCUCAUCCUCAACACCACACUGGCAAGACCAGAAGUUCUCCUCAGGAGAGUAAUGGAAUUGAUCAUAGUGAAAAGCAAAGAGAUAGAAGUCCAACCAGUCCAACAGAACCUGUUCUUGGCCUUCCAUACCAAUCCAGUCACAGAAGUCUCCAUAGUCCUUUUGUUGCUUACAGAUUUUCUCAGCUUCAUGCAGCUUCCCAAAAUAACCUGCGCAAUCCUCACCAGCCAUCACUUAAGACUUCUCUAAGUUUAUCUCAGGGAUCAGUAACCCGUGCUGGAAGUAACCACUCAGGGCUUGCAAAUUCAAGAGUUGUUUAUUGUCAAACAGUGCCAGCAAUGGCCUCAUCAUCAACAUUGUCAGUCACGGGGGUAAGUGGCUACAAAAGACACUCUUCCUCUGUCAGUAAUACGAACCAUUACUGGGCUCUUACUCCAGUAUGGAAGGUUACAAAUGGGUAAUAUCUUAAGCCACAGCCUUACAAAGGGGGGUCUCUGAGUUGUUUUCUGAACUUUAAAACAUAUACUUUUAUGUUAACAGCAUAAGUGAGAAUCACAAACAUACAAAGGCAAAUAAAAUUAUGCUAUUGACAUUAAUGAUUCUAGCAGUAUGUAGGAUGCAUGUCAUGAACUUCACAAAAGACCUCGCUCACCAUAGAGUCUUUGUGGCUCAGUGGUAGAGCAUCAAAGCAUGAAAUCCAAAGGUCUGAGGUUGAAUUCAUCAGGGACUCAAAAUUUUUUCUUUGUCACAUACUCAUGACAAGACAAAAAACAUCUUUCCCCCAAAAUCAUAUUGCAAUUUAAAGUGAAUAUUAACAUUUAAAAGGUGGGUACUUUUUAAACAUGUUGGUAAGACCAAAUUAGUUAGCUUCCCAAAGUUGCUUUUUUUUUUUCAAUCUGGCCUUGACUUAGCUACACAUACUUUUUACUUGAAUUCCUUGCAACCUAUUUUGAAAGUGAUAUGUAGAUGACUGGUUGUUUCUGUGUCUGACAGCAUCCCACCAGUGAUAGUAGUCCAAUGACUGGAAGUCCUCUGACCACUCACGUGCUGGACACAGCCAGAGGCUCACCAGCUAAGAACUUGCCGAUUCAGUUGUACUUUGAAGAAAUGCGUCCUGACAGUAGAAUGUGGAAACAUAUUGCCUCAGGGUAAGACAGACUUAGUUCAGUUGUUCAAUUUAGAGCUGAAACUAAUAUUAAAUUGAUUUUGUUUUAGAAACUUGUAUUGCCCUCACAGCCAUCAGAUGCACAACUCAAAGUCUAAUCAGCACUUGGUUACUUGUUUUUUGCACACUUGCUUGUUUUUGCUUUGAGUUUUCAAUUGCACUUUUUAAUAUUUUCUUUUGUUCUGGUUAACCUUGUAAUUAGUAUUAAAUUAGAUUGGGUUUUACAACAAUCAAUUAAAAUGCACUCUUAGACAUCAACCAAAGAUUAGACCCAUCAAGAUAUAGCUGUACAUACCUAAAGUGAGUGAAAUAGUUAUGAACCAUUUUUUGUUUUCUUUUGAACUUCCAUUUUGCAAGUAAACUAACUUGGGAUGUUUUAUUUUAUUUCGUCCAUUUCUUUUAGGGUAACUAAUGCUGAUGGUAGAGUAGCCAACUUACUAAAUCAAGAACAGUUUAUACCUGGCAAAUACAUGAUCAGAUUUGAGACAGAGGCAUACUUCAAGGACAUUGGGGUUUCUUCAUUUUUCUAUCCAUAUGUAGAGGUAAUGAAAGUUUAAAAUAUAGUCAUUUAAAAAAUUUAACAUCAAUGCUGAUUCAAGGCAUUGCACAACCUAUACUUAUUCCCUUUAUCUAGAGGUACUAUAGUUACAACCCAUAAAGCAACCUGAGAUAGGUUACAAGGUCUAGCGUACUUCAAGUUUAAAGUCUUAACUUGAUUCCAAGUCAGACUGCAAGGGUGUUUUUGCAAGAUGUGGGAGAGCUGAUUGUAGAGGAAAAUCCAAUGGAAGAUUUUUGGGGGGAAGUUUGCAUAUUUAAAAAAUACUUAUUAUUAUUGGAUGUAAUUUUUCCUCCCCAUUCAUUAGCCAAGAACCCACCACAUGACCUGCAAAUGACUGCCAAAAAAUGAGAGUCUGCUGAAGUAAAUACUGUUUCAGUUGGUUGUGCUGCAGAGAGAUUUCUGCUUAUUAGUUGUAUGUAAGCUCUUCCACCAAACAUGGCAAAUUGCUUCCCUAAGUUGAUGCAGAAAAAUUACCUGAAAUAUCAAGGAAUGUCAGUGUCUUGUGAGACAAUGACUUGCAUUCAGCUUCAUAAUCAUUAUGGUAGAUGAACUGAGUGGAGUGCAGUUUGGUCUGUUAUGGGUGUUUUAAAAAUAAAGCAAGUAUUUAGUAAAAGUUUAAUUUCAAAUCACAGGUAUCAAUAACCUCAGCAAAUAAAUGAUCUGCUCAAGUUUGUCCUAUGGUGGUGUAAUAUUGUCAAUUUGUUACUAUUCUUUUUCAGAUCGUGUUUCUUGUCAGUGACCCAUCCCAGCAUUAUCAUGUUCCUCUUCUACUCAGUCCAUUCUCUUACUCAACCUAUCGUGGGAGUUGAAACCUAGUGUGGGCUUGCCCCAAAGUGGAUAGACAGUAGAUGACUUUGUCAAAAAAAAUGACAAGCUUGUUCACAAUUCUAUAUUCUUGGUGUUGGCUACUGUAAAUUUAGGGAUAGGUCUUACUUGGGUCAUUCAAGAUAGUUGCAGAUGUUGUCUUCCAAAUUUUUCUAGAACUGCAACAGAAGGCUUUUGGCAUGUUUGUUAAAUAAAGUGAUACUUAUAUUGUAUGUUUUCAAUGUUUGUCAUUCAGACCCUAUUGAUACAAGUUCAUGGUUUAACUCUGCUGUAUAAUGUUGGGGUUUGACUUGAACUUUUCAAGAAGUGUCGGAACUAUCUUAAAUGGUGUGGAUUAAGCCUGAUAAGUGACAUCAUUCCAGCAUCCUUUUACAAUCCUGAGGGAGCCCCAUGUUUUCUCAGAUGCACAGUGUCUCAAUGUAAUUGGCUUGUGCACUUAGUUAACUUCUUUCACCUUAACACUGUGCCUCUUUGUCCAAGUAAGAUAUCAGACAAGUAGACUGUGUAGGAGUAAAAUAGACCCAUUGCCCAGAUAACUGUGAUAUCCCAUUGAUCACACUAACAAUGACCACAUAACCAUUUCAUUUAGCUAUAAGUUUCUAGUUCUGGUAUCAAAUUGGUCUUCAUGCCUUUGUGUGGUGGACCUUGUGUUUAGGAAUAUUCUGAUUUUAUUUUCAAUUCCCAUGGGAAAAUAACUCCAUUACUUCACGAAUGAAUUCAGGGGUACAGUUGGUAUCCUUUACAGUCAUAAAAGGACUUAGGACACUGCUCCUGGUACACUUUGACACCUGUAAAUCUAAUUUCACGUUUUAAAACCAGUGCAAUAACCACCAAGAAUGGAGAACUUUAAACUUGCCCUUGCCAUUUACAUCUCAAAAACAGUUAUGCUUAGAAUCCCCAUUUGGAGUAAACAUUGC